CUCCCGCGCAAAAUAAAAUCAAUAAUAUAACAUCAUGCCGCCACGUAGUAAACGUCCUCGUCAGAAUUCUGUAAACAAAUCGAUUCCAAAGAAAAGUAAUGAGAAAAAAACAGCCAACAAAUCUGAGAAUGUAGCAGUGCCAGAUCCCACCACCAUGGGACUGAUUUACCCAGGAGGUGACACAGCAUUCAAGUUACUGCUGUCAGCCAGAUUUUGCUCGGCUAUUUGGUGUUACAUCAGUGAUUGUGAUGAAACUUAUAAUUAUUGGGAACCGAGUCAUUAUUUAUUGUAUGGGACAGGACAACAGACAUGGGAGUACAGCCCAGAGAAUGCUUUACGUUCUUACACAUAUUUAUUAAUUCAUUUAGUGCCAGCUAAAUUCUACUGCUAUUUAUUUCAACCAAAUCCUAUUUUAGUCUUCUAUUUUAUACGCUGUCUUCUGUCAAUCGGUUGUGCUAUAUCAGAAGUUUAUUUUUAUCAAAAUGUUUGUAAAGAAUUUGGAGUACACGUAGCACGUCUUAUGUUAGUCUUUUUAAUUACAAGCUCUGGAAUGUUUAUAUCAAGCGCUGCAUUUCUUCCAUCAGCAUUUUCAAUGUACGUAAGUACAGCAGCAAUAGCAGCGUGGUACGCACGUAAAUACGAAUUAGCAAUAUUUGCAACAGCUAUUUCUUCAUUACUAGGCUGGCCAUUCGUAGCCUUACUCGGGGUACCGAUAGUAAUUGAUCUAACAUUGAGACGUCAAGAAUGGUCGAGAUUUAUCAACUGGACAAUAAUAUCCGGAACAGUUAUUUUGAUACCUAUGGUCUGGAUUGAUUCUGUUUACUUUGGAAAACUAGUUAUUGCACCGCUUAAUUUGAUCAUGUACAAUGUAUUCACAAAUCACGGGCCUAAUUUAUACGGAACCGAGCCACUGAGUUACUAUUUUAUAAAUGGAUUUUUGAAUUUUAAUUUUGUGUUCAUUGCUGCUCUAUUUACUCCCUUAGCAUUGAUCUUAUCUUGGGAAAUAGUACCAGCGAAGCCAAGAAAUAAAUAUUGUCUGCCCUAUUGGUUUUCAUUGGCUCCGCUUUACCUCUGGAUGAUUGUCAUGUUUUCACUACCUCACAAAGAGGAAAGAUUUCUAUUUCCAAUUUACCCAAUGAUCUGCCUAGCCGGAGCGAUAACAGUAGACGUAGUUCAAAAAAUUUAUUUCUUCGUUCGUACGCAGAUAAAACCCUUGAAGCAAGUCUCCCAUUACUUGCGAGGUACGUCUCAUAUAAUGAUACUGGUAUUUAUAGUGACAGGCUUGGCUGGAAUAUCGCGAUCUUUCGCACUUUUCAAUGGCUACUACGCGCCUCUUGAAGUUAUGAUGGAGGCCAACAAAUUGGGCAGCGAGGGCCAAGUUCCAGGCGAUGUCAACAUUAAUUUCUGUGUUGGCAAAGAGUGGUACCGCUUUCCCGGUAGUUUCUUUUUUCCUUCAAAUAAUUGGCGGCUUCAAUAUCUACAGUCAGAGUUUAAAGGUCAACUACCCCAGCUGUUUCUAAAUCAUCUUAAUGGUACUAGUGUAAUUCAGGAAAAUUUUAAUGACAUGAACAAAGAAGAACCUUCGCGUUAUUUUGACAUUGAAAAGUGUCACUUUAUACUGGAUCUAGAUACCGGUACUGAAACAGAAUUAGAGCCAAAUUAUUCAAAACAAAUAGAUAAUUUUACUGUAAUUAAAUCUGCUAAAUUUUUAGACUCUUCUGCGUCUCAUCCAUUCUUCCGUGCAUUUUAUAUCCCAUUUAUAUCAGAAGAUUACAGUAAAUAUGGCUCUUACAAUUUACUGAAAAGUAAUAAAUUUAAAUUAUCUCCUUCGAAAAUUUCAACUCCAAAAUCCGCAUAAAUAAAUUUUUAUAAUUUUGUAAAUUGUAAAUAUUUUUUUAUAAUAAAAAAUCCAUUGUGAUUGUUA